AUGAGGACUUCUGGCGCGAAAAAGCCCGUGCUUAUCCGCCGUCUGAAAAAGGGAAGCGUCGUCGCGUCGGCGAGGAGCGAGGCAUCAGCCGAGGCGGACUCCUUCUACGACGUGACGCCCGAGUACUGCGGCGUGCCAAUCAAGACUACGGGCCGCCCUAAGCGCAUCGUGCUCAUCCGCCACGCCGAGUCCGAGGGGAACGUGGACGAGACCAUGUAUCAGCGCAAACCGGACCACAGGAUUGAACUGACCGAGCGGGGGAAGGAACAGGCGAGGCAGGCAGGGUUGGCUCUGAAGGAGCUUCUGGAUCCCGACGAGCAGGUUUACGUGUACGUGUCGCCGUACAUGCGGACAAUGCAGACGCUGUACGAACUCGGUCAGACCCUGGGACCGGAGCGAGUCAGCGGCGUGAGGGAGGAGCCGAGGAUGCGCGAGCAGGACUUUGGGAACUUUCAGGACCACACCAUGCAGGAGCUCAAGAAAGAGAGGCACGGGUUCGGGCGGUUCUUCUUCCGCUUUCCCAACGGAGAGAGCGCCUCGGACGUGUACGAUCGCGUGACCAGCUUCCGGGAGACGCUCCGAAACGACAUGAACUUUGGCCGAUACACGGAGAACUGCACCGUGCUGAUCAUCACUCACGGGCUGACCCUGCGAGUUUUCCUGAUGCGCUGGUACAAGUGGACCUGCGACAUGUUCGACAAACUUCGUAACCCCGGAAACGCCGAACUCGUGGUGAUGGAGCGGGGCGAGCGCGGGCGGUACUCGAUGCUGUCCGAGUCGCAGGGUGAAGAGUUUCUCCAGAAGAUGGGCUUCACCGAGGACAUGAUUGAGGAUCAGCGUUGGGCCAGGACCGCUUCCAUGUCGGACCUGAACAGCUCGUGGGCAACGAGCAAGGGCACGAUCUUCUUCGAGAGCUUCCCGGAUCGGCUGGAGGCGAGCAGGCGCGCGGUGAAGCGCGCGGACGAGACUUACUUCUCGAGGUCGGAAACCACGCGGCGGCAGGCGAUGAAGGAGGCGAAGACGAAGAAAGCUUACGACGAGGACCUCAGACCUCACGGCUGA